AUGGCGUUCCAGCAACCGCAACAGCGGCCGGCGGCUUUACGGCAGGUGUCCUCGGCGCGACAGACGAGUGAACAAGUACAAGUGCCUGCGUCGCCGGCGCGGAAGAGGACGAUCGAAGAAUCGCAGGAAUGGAUCUUGUUCUCGCCGGCUCAGAACGAUGAGCAAUCGCGGACGUCGCAAACGCCUCGAACAGCGACACAGCUAUCCGACUUUGGGUCGUUGGAGACGCACAUUCGAUCGCAGCCGAUAGGCGAUAACAACGAUAACGAUCUCACAUGUCAAGGAACGGAGGUCGAUGACGACGGUGCUGAGCUGGACAGUCUGGACGAUGGACUGCAUGCCUUCCACCAUAACCCUUUCUCGACUACUUCGAACAACCUCGAUCAGAGUGGCGGCACAGUGCUACCGAUGCACGAUGGUUUUGGUUCAUUCCCGUCGUAUACCGGCCUGCAAGAGCAUCUGUGGCAAUUUGAGCGACACAAUCCACAGCGGAAGAGGCACGUCAGGAGGAGAAGUAGCGUACAGAAGAGGCUCGAUGCGCUGGAUGAAGAGCAAGAUGUGGACGUUGAAGAUGAGCGCACAGCACGGAUUGAGAAAUGGAGGUUGGAGCAGAGCAGGGCGGUGCUCGAUGAGAUUGAGAAGGAGACAAGGCGGAGGCGACGGAGGAUGAGUCGGAUGAGUGGUGCGAGCGCUUCGAUGGAUCUCAGAGGAUUAGAAGACAGCACGAUGCUGAGGGCCGAGCAGGCUAUACUUGAAGAGCCGGAGCAGGAAUCGAAGAGCGAGGAGCAGUCGUCCGGGGAGUCGUUUUGGCAGCGCAUCACGAGGAGGGUCAUUCGAGACCUUAUCGGGCUGGACGAGAACACACUGUCUGUCAUAUUUGGCGAAUCGCUACCAGACGAUGCAUCGCCCACGCCUACGCAGCCAUCCCCGAUCGCCCUGGCCACUGCAUCACCCCCUCAGCAAUCUCGAGUCUCCUUCCUCGACCCUGGCUACAGCUGGGAAGUCAAGCUCCUCGACCACAUCGCACGCGAGCUCGGCGUCCUAGUGCACCAACUCACCGAACACGACGGCCGCGCCUUCAACACCUACCUCUCCACCCUCUCCGAAUCACCCUCGUACGCUGGCCUCCCAGCCCGCGAUAUCCCGCCCCGCCAGCCCUCCCUCCGCCAACAGCGCCCCAACGAAGCCGACCGUGCCAACCCCACAUCAGCCGACCCAAUCUUCAACCCCACCCUCUCCCACCCACCCUACACCCCCACCGAAGCACCCGACUCCUCCCUCUGGGGCAUCGAAGAAGAACCCACCGCCUCCUCCCCCACCGACCACGAAGCCUCCCGCGCCUACUGGGAGCGCUCCAUCGACGUCUCCAUGAUCUUCACCUACCUGCGUCGGCGCUUCUCCUCGCACCCUCCUCCCCCUAACCAUCCCUCCUCGGACCAUGGUCCUUUGCCAGCCUCCUGGACCUCCACCUCUGCCUUGGGAACGAGUCCCGAAUCCCUCCGCCGCGCCGAAGCCAUACGCCGCCAACACCCUCUCGUCUCUCGUGCGGCGGACAGGGCUGCGCAGCAGAGUCGGCGGAGGGAUAGUCUGCUGCGACGGCAUCAGUUGCAGCAGAUUGCGCUGAAGAGGGCGGGGAGCAGUAGCUGUGCUAGUCAGAGUACUAAACGGAGUCGAAGAAGUGGAGGGGGGAGUUCGAGGCAUUUCUGGGAUUUGGGGGGGAGUGUUGGGAGUGUGGGGAGUGGGCAUGCGAUGAGCUCGGGAGGGCUUGGUGGGUGGGGGGAGGUGUGA